CAUGUCACACACAAUCACAUACUUUUACGUGGUCCGACCAGAGGAAACAUCACCACCUCCCUCCCUGCCACUGCCAGCUUUUUCCUACCACCCGAUUGCAGUUCUUCUCCUCUUCCUCUCUCCAGUGAUGUCGUCUCUUCUGAGGGAGGAGAUGCAGAGAGUUUUAUUUCGACCUGGAAAACAGAGAUUGGUGGAGUUUAUUGAGAUUGAGGAGCCGUCGCAAGGAAGACAUUUCCUCUGUGUCUCGGUUGCGAAAAACAAAGUGGUGCAGUUAAGUAUAGUGCGAUGUCAGAUAUUGCAGUCAAGCAUCAAGUCUGGAUCCAAGAAGUCCCAAACCAAACGCUCUAGCAUACAAGACUGCUACAAGAGGAUGGAGGUGUGGUCCCUGCAAGACCUGACUCUUAUCGACGGACGGGACCCUGAUGUGGAUGACCCCUGUUUCGUUCUGCACUUUGACAAGGUGCGUACAGUGACGGCUGUGAGCUGCUCAGCCAAAUACUCUAUUGUUCGUGCCCUGGUUGCUCUCAGUGACCAGCACUAUCAGAGGUCACUGAACCUGCAGAACUUUGACUGGACCUACAUCAGGCCCACCUCUUUCUACUCUAACAGAGGAGACUGUGUUGUUCUGACACAGAUAUGUUUUUAUGCAUUCAAUUUGGUAUGUCUGUCCAUGUGUCCCGUGCCCCUGGAUGCAUAACGUAAUGACACAAUCGUUGUGUGUGUAAAUUAUGUAUGCAGGUGUAUGUACACUGUAUAAACAAAAGUAUUGAGACACCUGACCAUUACACCAAAAUGGACUUUAAUGACAUCACAUUCUAAGAUAAGAUAAGAUAAGAUGAACUUUAUUAAUCCCACAGCAAGGAAAUUCACUUG